AUGGCCACCACCGACGACUCCAACAAGCCGCCCGUCGACCAGGUCGAGCACGCGCAGCCCCCCAACGCCAACCACCGCCGCGAUGCCGCCGCCGAGCUGCUGGGCAAGUCCGGCACCUCGCCGGAGCACCGCGUCGUCGUCACCGCCGACGACGACAAGCGCGUGCUGAGGAAGAUCGACAUGGUCAUCCUGCCGCUGAUGCUCUUCGUCUACUUCCUCCAGGGCAUCGACAAGUCCACCCUCGCCUACGCCUCCGUCUUUGGCCUCAUCGAGGACACCGGGCUGGUUGGCGACCAGUACUCCUGGCUUGGUUCGGUUGUGUAUCUCGCCCAGCUCGUCAUGCAGUUCCCCCUUGCCUGGGCUCUCGUCAAGCUGCCCAUCGGCAAGUUCACCAGCUGCAUGGUCGCCUUCUGGGGUGUGACUCUGUCCUGCAUGGCUGCUGCGCACAACUUUGGCGGCCUGCUUGCCGCGAGAUUCUUCCUCGGCACCUUCGAGGCCUCCGUUGCGCCGUCCUUUGUCGCCAUUACCCAGAUGUGGUGGCGUCGUCGCGAGCAGACCCUGCGCAUCAGCUACUGGUACGCCAUGAACGGCUUCACCAACAUGUUCGGCAGUCUCAUCACCUACGGCCUCGGCCACAUCUCCUCUAAGCUCAAAGAGUACCAGAUCAUCUUCCUCUUCUUCGGCGUCAUCACCGUCGCCUUCUCCGUCCUCAUGUUCUUCUACAUGCCCGACUCCCCCGUCGAGGCAAAGUUUCUCAACGACCACGAUAAGGUCAUCGCUGUCGAGCGCCUGCGCAUGAACCAGCAGGGCGUCAUGUCCCGCGAGUGGCGAUGGGACCAUCUUUGGGAGAGUUUGCGCGACCCAAAGACGUGGAUCUGGUUCGCCCUCGUUUUUUCCAUCUCCAUCCCCUCCGGCGGCAUCUCCACCUUCGGCCCCCUCAUCGUCAAGUCCUUCGGCUUCGACUCCUUCCAGACCAUCCUCUUCAACAUCCCCUUCGGCGCCGUCCAGCUAGUCUCCACCGUCGGCGGCUCCUGGGUCGCCACAAAGAUCCACAAAAAGGGCCCCGUCAUUGCCGGCCUCUGCGUGCCCCCCAUCGUCGGCUGCGUCAUGCUCAUGGUCCUCCCCAACUCCGCCAGCAAGCGCGCCGCCCGCCUCGUGGGUUACUACCUCAUCUCCGUCUACCCGGGCAUCACGCCCCUCAUCUACUCGUGGUCCGCCGCCAACACCGCCGGCGACACCAAGCGUAAGUGCACCUCGGCCGCGCUCUUCGUCGGCCAGUCCGUCGGCAACGUCGUCGGGCCCCUGUUGUACAAGCCCUCCGAGGCGCCGCAGUACGCGCGCGGCCUGAGGUCGAAUCUGGCGCUGUACUGUCUGAUUAUCGUCAUGGUCGGUGCCACGAGCGCGUACCUUGCGUUCUUGAACAAGUCGCACAGUAAGCGCCGCGUGGCCAUGGGCAAGAGCGCCGUCAUCAUCGACACGAGUCUGUUCUCGGCGGCCGAGGCGGAGCGGAUGCAGGCCGCGGGGCAGUUGACGGGCACUGGAGACGGACAGGAAAUGGCUGCGGCUGGGGACGAGGGCACCACAGCUGGGGAUGUUGGUGCGAGGGCGUUUGAGAAUCUGACUGAUUUGCAAAAUGAGGAGUUUGUCUUUGUUUUCUAG